UUCAGUGAUUCAGCCAAACUUCUGUGUAAAAAAUGUGGCGCCAAUGCUCACUUAGAGCUCUUUUAACAAAACAAUUGUUUAACAAGUCUCAUUUCAUGCGCACUUCUCAAUAUCAACAAAAUAAUCAUUGCAUAGCUUCCAAAAUUUUGAAUGAAACGUGCGUUGAAAGAAACCUUUGCCAUACAGCUGACCGGCAUGCAAGGGCCUUGUUAUUUCCGUCUUCUUCACCAACAAAUAUCAAUUUCCAAAGAAGCUAUACUACAGAACUAGUAGAAAACAAAUCAGAAGAAGAAAAAAUGUUUGCUGAAGGCAAUUGGCAAAGGAUUGGUGAUUCAGAAAUAGUUGAAGAGUUUGAUGAAUUCCAAGGAAUUUCAUUACAGCGUGGAACCACUGGAAUAUUUGAUAUAGAGGAGUUUGUUGAAAUUUUGAACCAACAGAAGCUGCAGGAUAUAGUUGUAAUUGCUGUUCCUUCACAGUUAAGUUAUGUGGAUUACAUGGUGAUUACCACAGGGAAGUCUCCUAAACAAAUGACUGCAGUUGCUGAAUUUCUAAGAAAAUUAUCAAAGAGACGUUGUUUGACAACAGAUUUGUUGCCAGUUAUAGAAGGAAAAAACAACAAAGAUUGGAUUGCCUUAGAUCUAGGUAACAUUGCCCUUCACAUAUUUUCCAGUAAGUUCAGAAAGAUCUAUGAUCUUGAAACAUUAUGGGCAUGUGGACCAGAUUUUGAUGACCUGUCAAUUGAGAAUGAUGUGUUAACAAGCCCAACAAACUGUUACACAUUUCCAAGCCAAAAAAGUGUGUAAUUAGAAAUCUUUGUUCUUAAUAAAUAAUUUUGUA